AUGAAAUUUCCUUCAGUAGCUUUCUUAUGCUGCAUAUCACUAUGCAGUAUCUUAAUAGCAGUUUUAUGUGAAUCUAGCACAGACGGCAAAUGCAAAAGUCUUGUGAAUUCUCCUUUUAACAUCUGCAUAUCAGCUGGCUACAAUUUUUCCUUCUCUUUGCCUGAGAAGCUAAACAAGCCUGAAUUUGAAGACGUGUUAGCGAGCGCCUUGAAAACUGCCAUACAAAUAUGGGAAAAAUGCGCAGACCUCAACCUGGUGGUGACCAUGGAGUGCUCGAGUACGUUUCCUAAGUGUGGCAACGGCGGAAAGCGUGUGCUUCCUUGCAAGCGCGUUUGUGGAGAGCUCUUGAAGAAGUGUUUGUACACUGAUUUUCGUGGAUCUAGCUUCAUGCAAAAGUAUAUGGAAGAAUUACUCGCUUUGUGUCUUAGUCUUCCCGAUGAAGAACCAAGCGACGAAAAGUGCGUCGAGCCGCCAAACUUCAGGACAAACGACAGCAUACCAAGUAAGUACCGAUACUUUUAUAAAGUGCCCAAUGCCAGAAGGGAGCUGAGGGUGUUAGAGACAGGGUCCGCGUAUAGAAUCUUGGUUAUGUUGAAAAGGACAUAAGAGACGUUUGCAGUACGCUUCAGUUUUAGCAAAAGAUGGUGAUGGCUCAGCCUACUGUACGAAAAAAAAUUAUAUCUUAAAUUUUUUGGAGGAAUUUCAAUGUAUGUAUCAUUUUAUUAUUCUGCUGCAAUUUUGUUGCGUAAUGGGAAGGAGUCCUAUAUUAUGCUGUUUUGAUCCAAGGUGCGUAAUUGAUCCUUGCACGGGAAAACGACUCCUAUGAAUUACUGUCGAUACUAUGUGUGUAGGUCAUGACUUCCGGAAAUCACAACGUCUUGUAUGUAUGUCAAUAUUGUCGAUUGAUUGGGGUGAGUGACGAGGUGCCAUAAACUUGUGACUGUUCACAUAUUUUUCGCCCCAGGUAAGGUACCCUGGGUGCCAGAGGCUGUCUUCUACCUUCGGCCAAACACGUGUCGGCCUGCAGCCAACAAAACAAAGCUCCCCGUCGCACGCGAGGAAAAACUCUGUUACCCAGGGUACAUGUAAGGGAAUCUGGGAAAUUUUUGCUUGUGGAUUCCAGAUUCCUGGGCUUUGAAUUCGGAAUACAGCUUAAGAAAUCCGGAAUCCCACUAACGAUUAGAAUCCAGAAACUAAGUUUCAGUGACAAGGAAUCAACCUGAAUCCAAUACCUGCAAUCCGGAAUACACCUUAAGUAAUCCAGAAUACCGCAACGAUUAGAAUCCGGAAUCCAUGGCGUGGAAUCCAGAAUCCAAGAGUUUCAUGGAUUUCCUUACAUGGGCCGAUAUUUUGAGAACGAAAAUCAAUGUUUACAUAAUGAUCCGCUGCUCAUGGGGUUCCAAAUGCAAAUUUGUUCAGCUUUACGUUCCUACUCGCUAAACGUCCCCAGCGGCGAAGAGCGAGGAGAAACGGCUGUUUUCGCAGGCUAGAACAAUUGAUGUCUUUCUCAUCAGUCCAAGCGUCAAUCGCUGUCGUUUCGUCACUGAAAGUGUGGAUCCAGAGAACAGAAAGCUCGCGAAGGACGCGAGACAAAACGAGAGUAGGAAACCCUUGGUUGCCGCCACUUUUAAGCCUAAUUGGAGCUCAGAUUCUGCGCGCACAAAACCUGUACGGUACCAAGUUUUGGUCCCAAGAAAUCUCUUUGCCCAUCGCACGCGCACCUUCCUCCCCUAUCUCGCCGUUUUCCUUUUCUUUCUUUUGUUUUUCUUUGUUCGCUUUUUUUUUCGCCCUCGCUCCACUUUCUGAACGCCUGGAACAGCCUACAUCCCAACAACAAAUUAGAGGUAAAUAGAAUUUUAAUUAAGGAUAAAAUUCAUAUUGCCGAACAAAAUUCCAUCUUCGACGUUUUGAAGUGACUAAAGCCUGGCAAUGUCAUCCUUACUUGACCUUAACCGAAUUUAAGCGCUUGUCUAUUUGCACCUCAAGGUCUCUAACUGCAUCUUUUAGGACGAGAUAUUUUACUGAGAACACAUUUACAGAGGGUAUCUUUGCUAUUCUUAUAAAUGAUGAUGAUAAUAAUAAUAAUAAUAAUAAUAAUAAUAAUAAUAAUAAUAAUAAUGAUAAUAAUAAUAAUAGCACUUCAUUGGAGCUUUGAGGAAAGGGCUAAAAAGAAAGGUCUUCUCAACGACCUAGAGCCCUUUAAAAUGCCAGAGCGCGUCUGUUAGCCUCUGCAAGAUUACAAAGGGUAUUGAACAUCACGUGAUCGAGGUUGAAUAUGAAAGGUAAAACGGCUUGAAUUUAUUGUCUCGUUUUAUGCUACGCUGAGGGACUUUUUAAUUCCCAGUUCCAACAUUGUCUCAAUAUUAUCUAAGCAUUCGCUGAGACUGUUUGUUGUUGUAUUUAAUAUUUUCUUUUUUAUAUAUAAAAUUAUAGUAUAAAUUCACGUUUCAAAGGGAUUGGCCGUUUCUUAGACAGGGGAGAAGAUUUCUGUCCGGGAUAGUUCGCGAUGAAAAUUGAAAUGACACUUUUUGACUCCUUUUCCUGUUCUUCUUUUAGGUCCCCUGGAUCGUGGGUGUCAAGAGUUGAUUAUUCCCGCUUGCAAAGACUUGGGAGUUUACUCACACACUCAUUUGUCGGAGGAGGUGCAGAAAAUGAUUUACGGAGAUUAUUGGGGAGUAAACUUAUAAUGGAAGUAUUCUACAACGAAAUUUUUCCAAGAGGCAAGAAGAAAUUUUAGCCAAGUAUCCGAAAUGUCGAAAAAAGAUAGAGAAGUUAUAUUGUGGAAAGCACUUUCCCCCAUGUUUUCUGCAUGAAACCAAGCGCGUCCUUAAGACUCCCUGCAGAUCACUUUGUAAUUAGAACGUCAACCGACGUAAUUAAGGCCAGAUAUGGAAUAUUUGGAAUUAUUAUUGAACUUCAAUCAGUAGAGUACAAAUAACACUCAAAAAGAGUACAAAUAUCUCACGGUAUUUGUACUCCAGAAGACCCGGUUUGAUCGGCUUUCUACAAAGUUAACGUCGCUCAUUGCAGAAAAUGCAUUGUUUUCGAAAGAAAUAAAGGGUAGGAGCCAAAUUUUAAGGUCAAAUAUAAACAAGUUCCCACAAUAGAAUCACCUGACUAACAAUGAAAUGUCGACAUUUAUUGGAAUGGUCAAAACAUACAAACACAGAAGAUGAAAACAGACCUAAAUGUGCCGUGGUAAUGUUUAUAGUGAUCGCGAUCGCAACAGUCCGUUAAAAUGAGAAUCCCCGUUGAGGGACUGGGUAGUAUUCACUUCUAGUUCUUAAGCUUUUACAUUGUGGACUCGACAUAUUCUCUAAAGACUUUUCGUUAGUAUUAUUUUUGUCGCCCCAUUUUUUAUUUAGUAGGUUAAUCGGCUUACAUAUAUCGAUGUGUUGUGAUUCUGUUAGCUUUGAUUUCAUUAAACCUGCCACAACCGUGGCCAGAUUUAUCCAACACAGUUGUUUGUUUAUAUUUUAAAUCUUUUCGUUAUCGGAAAGUACGUAACCGGAAAUGCAAGCAGAACUCGCGCAGAGUUGGGCCUUGUUUUGAACACAUGCCUUGAUAUAAAUGAGGAUUUAAGUCACUCGGUUGUUUUGAAUAGUUCUUUGAAACCGCUUGAAUUGUGGGAGAACUUCCCUCUUCAUAUCGCCAUUUACUCUGCUCAUGCCCAGUUUAUCUUCUUGCAGUCCGUUUUAUGUAAAAUUCCAUCUCUGUUUUCGUAGCAAAUGUUUGAAAGAUAGAGCCUCGAAGCGCCGAAGAAAACCCAAAACGUUUGAUCUACUGAGUAAACAAGGUUAUUAUCACUUUGUCGGGCAUUGUGACGCAUUUUGAGAGAUAUGUCUAGGAUUGAACACAUUCGCAAAAAUUGGCUAGCCAAGAUCUUUUUCGCAUUUUAGCAAAAAAAUUAUUCACAAAAAACUUUUUUCAGACACUAGUAGUGAUACAGGGAUGAUUUAAGCCUUUUUGGUGUCUUCCUCUGUCUUCCCUUUCUUAAUACGGAGAAGUGUCUUCCUACAUACUAAAAACUGUCUUUCUCUAUACUAUUAUAAGUGUCCUGCAUACAAAUUAAGUGCCUGGUCACUGCCUCCCUGCAAUUUAAUUAUGUGCCUAGUCAGUGUCUAGCUAGCUAGGUAAAAAUGCGUUCCUCCAUACUAAUAAGUGCCUUCCUCCGUAUGUAAUAUCUCUUAAGAACAAUAGGCUUGCCUGGUCGCUUUUAACCCUGAUUGGAUAGUCAACAAUCUAUUAUUUGUUCAAAAAAAGCGGGAAGUUUUCUGAACGCGCUCUCUCACAAUUGCUUUGCUAAGGAAACAAUUUGUCUGAGGUAUAUUUGUCGUCUAUGCAAUUAAAAAAGAUGAAAACAAUUUGCCACAAGUACAGGAGAGUAAGCAGAGGGUAUACGAAUUGUCACAGCCAAGACAGCACCAAAUGGGAAAGCAGUCAAGACUAAAGUAAAACGAAAUAAAACGUCUCUGUCUAAGACGGUGGUAAAGAAUAGAAGAGUCCGAGAGAAGCUUAAAAAGUGGAUGACCAUGCGUUAGACAGUACAAUAUUAAUAUAUUCCAUCAUAAAACAGACUAUACUAGUUGUAAUAUUUCGAUCCUACCUGUGGAAGAUUGUACUGUGUAUAAAAUUAAGCGCUCCAAGUUGGAAGACAGGUGUAUUUAAGCCGGACAAUUUGUUUCAACAUGCUAUUGGUGUAGAUACGUUAAUUAGCUUCCAAUACCCACUCUGUACAAUUAAUUGUUUGGAAUUUAUAGAGUAAAAGACAUGAAAAGAACCUAUCUUACGGUGUGUGUGUGUCUUUAUUAUUUUUAAUAAAAAAGAGUAAGGGUUUACUUUAGAACCACCUGUUGCUAUCUAUAGAAUUUUUAUACCCUGUACAAUGCUUUCUACAGAGUCAGGUAAACAAAGAUUGACAUUGCUUGACGGGCAGUUUUUCGCUUCGCAGCGCUUCGACCUCGUUUUCACGUUUUGUCCGAAAAAUCAGUGCCAUUUCG